CAUUGAAGUGGAGCAAGACUAGAGCAGACGACGCGUCUGGCCUUAAUUAGGUCACAGACGACUCCUUAUCAGUCUGCAGACGACAAAGAUAUAACAUUAGAUUCGACAAUUUGCACCGCGGUGGACACGUUACCAGUUGCAACAAAAAUAUGAACAACAUGCACUGGGGUAUUGUGGCAGCCAUAUUCUGUUUGAUUUCAAACACAGAAUGCUCGAACCCAGGACAGCGGUCGCACAAUAACGGGCCUGACUGGAUUAGCGAUUGCUAUGACCAUGCCCCGAAUCAUCUGAUGAAUCCGUUUUGUCCAACACAAGGAUGCUCUACCCCGGUUCCUGUUGCGCAUGCACAUGUGGAUUACAACGUCACGUUCUAUGCGCCUGAAUCGAAGGUGACGUACACAUGCGAACACACAUACGAGCUGAUGGGUCCGUCUACGAUCACCUGCAUUCAGGACCCGACUAAGACCGUAUAUGUGUGGACUCCCGGGCCGACUUGUUCAGAGAAAGAAUGUGGGCCGCUUCCCCAAAUCGCUAACGGAAUGCACGCGCAAACAUAUAACCGAACCAUCAGUUCCACGGUGGCGUACACUUGUAAUCGUGGCUUCAAUCUGAUUGGUCAAGAGACGGUCACAUGCGUGCUUCUCACCAACCAAGCAACGGCGACCUGGACAGAACGACCAUCUUGUGAGUUUGAAUGUGGACCCGUACCUCAAAUCCCAAACGGAAAGCACGAGCAAACAUAUAACCGAACCAUUAAUUCUACGGUGACAUACAAUUGCAAUCGUGGCUACAAACUGAUUGGUCAAGAGGCGGUCGCAUGCGUACUUCUCAACCAAUCAUAUGCAACCUGGACAGAGCAGCCAUCCUGCGUUCUGGAUUGCGGACUGCCACAGAAGGUCAUGUAUGCAAACAUUUCGGGCUCGAACGGAACACUAGAAGGUGACGUCACGACCUACGAAUGUCAGACACACGCCGAGCUCCUCGGCGAGCAGAAUGUCACGUGUCUUCAUACGGGCAACUGGAGCAUGUAUCCAACGUGUAUCCCGGGCUGUGGUCUCCCUCCCGUUGUGGCGAACGGGAGCCCUCGGCCAGGGUACACUAUGACCGUGAACUCUACAGCGGCGUAUACUUGCGAACGGGGCUACCAGCUGGUUGGUGAAGAAGUCAUCACAUGCUCGUUUAUAGCGGGGAAUGAAAUACCGCAGUGGACGACUCCGCCCAUGUGUACCAUUAUUUCAGCCCCAAAAUGCCCAGCGAUACCAGCCAUAGUGAAUGGCUCAGUAUUCAGGGUUGACAGUCCAAAACCGACAGUUGACACUACCACAACCGCAAUAUUGACGACAACAACCACGGCCGCAAAUUUCACCACCACCGCAGAUUUAAACACCAUGCCCGAUCUCACCACCACGCCAGAUUUUACCACAACAACGCAAUCGGAUCUCAUAACGGUAUCAUCGACUGAUGCUAGCACAGCAGUGACCAUGUUUGCUGACGAAACAACAAAUAUGAUGACAACACCUGGACAAAACGGCUUUCAUUUAGACAAAUACGAUCUCGGAACAAAUGUCACCUACCAGUGUAACAAAGGUUACGCGUUUAAUGGUUCGAACUCCAUCGUCUGUGAACUGAACGCCGUCUGGUCGGCAUUACCGCAAUGUGUCGGCUGUGGAGAACUUCAAGAUUCAAAUGGAAAAUUCCAAUUGGGAAACUUGUGCAACGAUUCCAGGUGUUUCUGUGAUGAAUACAAAUGCGAAUGUGGAGUUGAGACCUAUUACAACGAUACGGAGAGAAUCUGCAAUGAAACGAAUGAGCCUGGAUAUAGACUUGUUUGCAAUGAGAAGUUCAGACUUGUCGGUGAUGCGGUUAUCAAAUGUCAACGGAAUUUAACCUGGACUGCAAUUCCGCGGUGCGAAUGUAUCCGCAAGUCUGUCGACAUGGUGUUCAUUAUAGACUCCUCGGGUAGUGUCGGGCUGGAUGGUUUUAACCAAACCAAGGAGUUUCUCAUCGACAUGAUGAACAGGUUCCCCGCUAACAGGACGCGCUUCGGUCUCAUGUUCUUCUCGGACCGGGUCGCCAUUUCAUUCGACUUGAAUACAUUCAUUAAUGACAAAACAAGUAUGAUCGAGCACAUCCGUAACAUCAGUUACGAAGGCGGUGCGACCCACACACUGAUAUCUAGUUGUUUAUGCCCUAGUUACGAAGGCGGUGCGACCCACACAUUGAUAUCUAGUUGUUUAUGCCCUAGUUACGAAGGCGGUGCGACCCACACAUUGAUAUCUAGUUGUUUAUGCCCUAGUUACGAAGGCGCUGCGACCCACACAUUGAUUUCUAGUAGUUUAUGCCCUAGUUACGAAGGCGGUGCGACCCACACAUUGAUAUCUAGUUGUUUAUGCCCUAGUUACGAAGGCGGUGCGACCCACACAUUGAUAUCUAGUAGUUUAUGCCCUAGUUACGAAGGCGGUGCGACCCACACAUUGAUAUCUAGUUGUCUAUGCCCGAGUUACGAAGGCGGUGCGACCCACACAUUGAUAUCUCGUUGUUUAUGCCCUAGUUACGAAGGCGGUGCAACCCACACGUACGAGGCUCUACAAGUGGCCCGCGAGUCCAUGUUCACUGGGGAAAAAGGAAUGAGACCUAAUUCGUCGCACAUCGCAAUUCUGGUGUCAGAUGGCUUAAGCGGUGACUUGAAUAAAACUAAGGAACAAGGUCAACUCCUAAAAGACAGUGGUGUCACGGUGUACACCGUCGGCGUCGGAAGUUUCGCAGACAACCUAGAUGAGCUCAGAAGUGUGGCAUCGAAGAAUGAGUACGUUUUCGAAGUGAAGAACUACGAAAACAUUGACGAGGUUGCUGGUCCCUUGGCGGACGCAACAUGUGGUGCGUCAACAGAGGACUAAUAUCCCGAGUAGCCUUGCUGACAGACGUGCUGGAAUUCUGUGUCCGAGUACGAAGACCGAAUAAAAACUGAUGUUGUAA